GAAGAGGUGGAUAAGAAAACAUUAAUGUAAAAAAAAAAAAAAAUACACGUUUUGGUGUUUCCGUGAUAACAGGGUCCAAUUGCGAUCAGUUCAAUGUAGCCAUUAAAAAAUGACACAUGACAUAUAUAACUGUCCAUUCACCAGCUUAUGUAACCCCAAACACAACAUUAAUCACAGAAGCACAAACCAAAGUCAGAUCCAAUCUUGUUUGCUGUACUGCACGAGGAUUGAAAAACAUGCCUAAUCGCUGUGAAAUAUGCUGUGAAAUCAUGAUAGCUGUCUUACUCCCUCCAGUAGGAGUUUGCUUCCGCCACGGUUGCUGCAGUGUUGAAUUCAUCAUCUGCUUGCUACUGACUAUACUGGGAUACAUUCCAGGAAUAAUUUAUGCCCUGUAUGCUAUUGUCUACGUUGAUCAGGAUCAGUAUUUUGAUGAAUAUAGGCGUCCCCUGUAUGCUGCUUAAUGGUGUUUGUCACUCUGUUCUUUUUGAGACUAGACAUGGCUCCUCUGUGACUUGCAUCAUUUUAUGUUCAAGCAUGUUAAUUAGAAGCUAGAAACAGCAUCUGAUCAGAGCAUUCAAGUGUUGUGGACAAUCAUCUCUUAAUGUGAUUGCUGAUUGUAUGGGUAUAUUUCAGUAAUAUUGCUAUUACUCAAAUAAUCAUAUUAUAAAAAAAAUGA